AUGUCCGAAGAGCAAGUCAAUCGUCUUGAAACUGUUAUUAGAACUUGGUUAAAUGCCGGUGCACAAUGUUCAUCUUCGCUAAAACCUUAUACACGAUCAUUGUAUCCAACGUAUAAGCCAGGUAUUCGAGUAAAACGUACCCAUCGACGUGAAAUUCGAAGUAGACGCAGAUCGAGUGCGAAAAAAUUAUCCAAACGCGUUCUAUCAACUAAAUCCAGUCGAAAUUCGAUGAUUCAAAUCUGCGAAGAUUUCCUUCGAAAUCAUCGUAGACUAUUAGACAUUUGA